AUGGAGGACCAUGACAUCGUCUACAAGACCCCCAAGACCCAGACCAAGAUUGUUCUCCGCACCGUGUUGGUUCCUGUCACCGUCAUGGUCGACCAGGUCAUCCAGGGGACCGAGACGGCCCCCAAGAUCGUGAUGGAGGACCGUGAAAUCGAGGUCCCCCACCAGGUGUAUGAGACUGUCACCCGCACCGUUCAGCGCCCCAAGACUAUCAUGGAGGAGAAGGUGAUUGCCGUUCAGGAGCCCACGAAUUGUCCAGGUUCCCAAGCAGAUCCCCGUGACCCAGACUGA